AUGUAUAUACUCAUUGUCUAUUAUUUCCUGCCUCAUAUCCUGGUGGGUUCCAUACGCAUCACUGCUCAAAUCCGGAAUAUUACAGGCGGAUCUGAUGUAGUUCAAAAUAUGGGACGAGCGUUUACUCCUAAUAAUAUUAGCGAAUUUCAACUCACUGGUGGAUAUCAUUCUUGUUAUUAUGUGUCUAUGAACAUUUCUGGAGUACAGCUGUCAAUAUCAGUAGAUUCUGGCUCAACGGAUUUGGCAGUUGCAGGAGUAGGUCUUAAUAAUUACAGCUCAUCUACUGGAGGUGUGACUUUUGUAAUGCCAAAUAAUGCGCCAUCGGUUAGCGGAUUUUAUGCUGACGGAUCCUGGUGGAAAGGCUUUGGACUCCAAUCAACUGUAUCUUUAAGCAAUUCACACAUUACAGCUAGCAACGCUCCAUUCUCUGUUAUUACAUCUCAGAGCACCAAUCCCAUUUUUGUAAAAGGUACAGGAAAUCCCAAUCAGAACGGAUUGUUGGGAGUUGCCUAUCAUCCACUUAGUCAGCUUUCUUUCUCCCCUCCAACUGUAAUGGAUGCCUGGUAUGCUCAAGGAUCAAUCAAAAAUAACGAGAUAGCAUUUCACGCAUGUCCUUAUAGUCAAAUGGCGGAUGCCUACAUUGAUUUUGGCAACGACUCUCCAUCGUACGACUGCAAUCCUUCUGGACUACCUAUUGCAUGGGCAUUGUGUCCUUCAAAGUCAUACUUUACCAUGGAUGUCCGAAAUAUAUCCGUGAGUAACCAGCAAGUUAUAUUACCAUCAAACUUCCAAACCACCGACCCGAGCUUAAUUGGAGGCAAAUACAAGGCUUGGUCAUUUAUUGAUUCGUGCUCUUCUUUGAUCCAUGUACCAGCUGUUGUCAAUGCCGCUUUGAAAAAUGCAAUUAUUUCUAGCGGUGCCUUGUCAAAUCAACUAAGUUCAACCGUUGUCAAUAACCUUUUGUCUGGAACAUACGCGUAUUCGAUCACUCCAUACAUCAACUGGACUGCAUUACCCACUCUUUCGUUUGAUAUUGUAUCAGAUCAGACUGAUGGUACACUUAGUAAAGUUUUUACUGUGACUUUGAGUGGACAGCAGUACCUUCAAUGUGACCAAAAUGCAUAUUGUACAUAUCUUGUUGGUACGGGAAGUGAUGCCUAUGCAACAUUAGGCAUUCCGGUUUUUUCCAACUUGCACAUCACACUCGAUAGAACAAAUGGGCGUGUUGGGUUUGCUCCAGGAUGUGGCUGCAGCACUUUAGCCAACUCCUACCCAAGUGUAUAUUUUAGUAAUACAACCAUUGUACGAACAUGGGACCCUAAUUCACAUAUGACUUUUAAUGUGCAAAACUAA